AUGGAAAUUAGUAAAAUUGUUAUUUCAAUAAUAAAUAAUUUUUCGAACACCACUUGAUUGCAAUAAUACUUCAUUACAAAGUAAGCUCAGCAUCACUAACUUCUGAAUGAAUAGUUUGAACAAUCGCAUAAGAUUUUAAUUGAGGAAAUUGAAAUCGAUGCAAAUAAGUUUAAGAAACAAGCUUCAACAAGUGGCUAUGGAGUUGAAGAAAACUGUGUAUAAACUUAAUGUUUCCAUACUUGGAUCAAGGGAUCAAUAUUGUUUAAGAGGGGGUUUUAGUUUAAUUAAAGGGACUUUAUUAAGUUAAAGUUGCUAAAAAUCAGUCAGAUCUAAUUAUUGCCAAUUUUAUAAAAAAGAACAUCUUAUACUAAUGGCUCAAAAUUAUAAUACAUUAAUAUUAAUAAGUAGUUGAAGAGCCUUGAAUAUAAAAAUAAAUUAUGUCCUUAGAGAUAACGAUUGGAUUUAGAAGAUCUAAUAUUAUAUCCAUAUAAUUAUUUCUUAGAAAAAGAUUUUUAAGAUGUUGUUGAAAUUGAAAAUUGUAUUUUAAUAUUUGAUGAAGCACAUAAUGCAUAGUCAACAGCUGAAGAUGGUUCUUCAUUUCUGAUCACUCAUAACAAUAUUAUCGAAGCAGAAAAGAUCUUGAAAAAUGGAUUGAUAAAUUAGAAUCAAUAUCAAUUUUUUAUGAUCAAUAAAACUAAAUUAAAUGCAGCCAUAUAACCAUCUGAACUAAAAGAAUUUAGAUCUAUAAUGAAUUGCUUAAUAUUUGGAAUAAUUUAAAAAUAAUCAAGCAUUUAUCAAUUCUGA